AUUGACGUUGAGAUGGCAAAACGAGAUCAUUUUGAUGUGCUGAUUGUUUGUCCUCGGGAGUCAGAGCUGCAAGCUGCACGUCACGUGUUUGAACACGAAACAAACAGCAAGUUUGAAGAAGCUCACACUUAUCUCCCUUACAACAUUCGUUUAUGUUGUGGAUGGAAUAAUUUGCAAUUGAAUGUUGCCAUGGUAGCUCAGGUCGAGUGUGGUGGUAUUGAGUGUAUGAAGCUUGUUGCUGACUUGGCAAAACAUUUUUCUGUUGGUUUGAUUGCAAUGACGGGCAUUUGUACUGGAGAAGAAGACAGAAAGAGAGGAAUAGAAUAUGGGACAGUUGUGGUGGCAAAGAGAACAAUAACAGAAUGUGGAGGGUUAGAGAAGGAAGAUGGAACAGUUCAAUCUCGUGCACGUUACAUAGAAGUGAGCAAAAUGCUUGCUCCAGCACUGAAUGAACUUGUUGAGACAAGAGAAAAUCACAAGUGGUCAUCGUAUGUUCCUGCUAAAUUGUAUCGUGCCAGUCCACGAUAUGUAAAGGAGCUGCUGCUUCAGUGUGUUUUAGACAAUGAAGAAAUCAAGGAGAAGAGGGAUUAUGCAGGCAUUAGGACGAUGAAGCUUUUUUGUAGGCAUCAAAAAGAAAAUGCUUUUUGCAAUUAUGGAAAGUAAAUGUUUAGGCCUUACUAAACAUGACGUCAUCGAGGUUUUAGAGAAAAUGGAGAAAGAGCAUGAGCCAUUAGUAUAUGCAGAAGGGAAGUUACAGGAAUACAAGGCAACUGAAGCAGGAGAGUUGUAUACCAAUGAGCAAGUGGAAUUUCCACAAGAAAACAGAAGUUUUACAGUUGUAUCUGGAUCAAUAGGAUCAGUUUCGAUGGACACUGAAAGACUUGACAGAGAAAUGACAGAACUGAAACAACGAAUGGGAGAUCACGACAUCAAAGCUAUUGAUAAAGAAGCUCAUUUAUUCAUGGAACAAGCGACAGACAAUUUCAGUCCUGGAUUAGCUGUUGUGAUGAAGGGAAUAUCUGACUACGGAACUGAGAGCAGCAAACUGAUGUAUUAUGAAGCUUAUGCUGCUGCCACUCCAGCUGCAUUUCUGAGGCAUUUCAUCACUGAAAAGAAGUCUGUGAUCAGUUCUGUGUCAUUGGAGGCUCAACUGUUUGAUUUGUCUAACAUUGUGGGUAACAAGUGGCGUGAUUUGGCUGAUCGUCUCAACAUCAGCAGAUAUGAUGUUGAGAUGAUAGAACUGGAGGUUCAUACAAGGAGGGAACAAGCAUUUAUGAUGCUAUGCAAAUGGCAGUCGAUGUUAGGAGACAAUGCAACUAUAGAGAAGGUAAAAGCUGAACUAAAUGAGAUUGAAGAGCAGAAGAAGGAAGAAGCCAUUGCAAAACCUCACAAAAGUGAAUGCCUCAAACUAGUGGCCAAGUCACUAACUGGUGAAGCUGUUGAAUUGACAGCAAAAUCAUCUGAUACUGUUGCCACCUUGAAGCAGCAAUUGCAAACCAAGAAUGACCCAUCAUCAUGGGAUCAACUGCUUGUUUUUAAGAAGAAGCAACUACACGAUGAGCAAACAUUGGCUGAUGCAGGAGUAACUGAUGGAACAAUACUGAACGUCGUUCUUUGUCCUCGUCAGUCGAUCUUCUUACUAAACAGAUUCUAG